AUGACCGAACGAGGCAUAUUCCCAAACGCCACCGGCCUCUCGUAUCGCUGCGACACGCUCGAAGGGACCACGACUACAGACGCGCAUGCCUUCGAGUACACUGCCGGCAAGGCCGUCACGUUUUCGAUUGGCAGGCUCGAGAUAGGGAAAGGCCAGGGGAAGGCUUUGAUGACGAUUACCGAUCUCGUGCCGCCUGGGACGCCGACGUUCGAUCCGAAAUUGAUCAAUAGAGCUCGAUUGUUCUACAGCUUGAUUCCAGGGCAAGGGUUCGAGGCCGAUUUGGUGGUGGAUGACAAGGUCACGAAGGUUAUCGAGAAGUAUGCUGAUCGGAUUAACCUGGAUGCUCCUGAUCCGUCCGACCUGGACGGCGUUCUGAGCGUCAUUUGCGGGGAACUCGGUCUCGUUCCCAAGACUGUCGCUCACACGCGCAAUCAUCUUCGCCGCGAGAGUGCAGGCUUCAAAGUCUUGCGUGACGUAAAGAUCCCGAUGAAAGAUGGCGGGGCUAUCUUUGGCGAUGUCUAUCUGCCUUUGGAGCACGCGCAGGGGGAAAGGUACCCUGUUCUCGUGAGCUGCACCCUGUAUGGUAGGCGAGUCUUCCAUUCUGGCCCGGAUCUGGAGGUUCAUGAUGAGAUUGUUGCGUUUGAAGAGGCGGAGGAUUUGUGGUAUACCGAGGGCCCUGAUGUCCCCAUUGAGCUUCCGCGAGAGUCUUGGGGGGAUCACUGGGAUCGCCAGCGGGGGUUUGAGAACAUCGCGUCGUUCAACACGUUUACGUACGUGCCAGCUGGUUAUGCGAUGGUCAAGAUCGAUCCUCCCGGUGUGUCGCAAACACCGGGCAAGAGAGGCGUGCCAGGAGAGCUUGCGGCGGCCUUCUAUGAGGCAGUCGAAUGGUCGGCCGAACAAAGCUGGAGUGACGGCAAUGUUGGCCUGGUUGGCAGUUCUUACGGCGCAAACACACAGUGGGCGGUAGCAAGCUUACGACCCAAGGGCUUGAAGUGCUUCGUGCCAUAUGCCACUGACAUCGACACCUACCGCGACGCCGUUUAUCCAGGAGGUAUUCCAACCAGACGGUACAUCACGGAUUGGUUCAGUCGAGUCAAGAGGUCUUCUCCAAAAUGGGGUGAUCACAUUGACCUUGCUGAGAUGAUACCCCAGCAUCCUUUCCACGAGCCUCUGUGGGACAUGAUCAGUGCCAAAGUGGACUCAUCGGAUAUUCCAUGUUUUCUGGCUGCUCCGCAAAUCUUCAUUAUACACGGCCGCGGCGCAUAUGAAGCGUGGAGGGCGAGAAAGCCAGAAAACACUCACUUGCAACUGACUGAUUGCGACUACUACCCGUGGCCUAGUCGCGAAGCAUCGAACAAGGUCACCCAGUUCCUCGACAAUCACCUAAAAGGAUACGAAUAUCCAAAGCCCGAAGCCGUUGGGAUUCAGAUGCGUCUUGGAUGGGGUACGUGGUAUUGGCGAAAGGAGAGUGCGUGGCCAGUCCCGGGGACUACGCACAUCAAGUGGCAUUUGAACGCUGACGGGAAAUUGUCUCGAGAUGAACCAAUGGACGAGUUGACAGUUUCGUACGCUGCAAACGCUCCAGCGACGGGAAAGUCUGGCGUGAGCUUCGUUUCUGCACCCUUGGAGGAAGAUGUGGAAAUGGCGGGUCACUUCUCUGCCGUCUUGAACGUUUCGUCGACGGCCGUAGAUGCAGACGUGGUAGUUACUUUGUGGGCUAUCUCUGAUGCUGGAGAAAUCGUUCCUUACAGCUCCAAAAGCCUUCCCGAGCCGGUAGCGAAAGGAUUCCUACGUGCGAGCCACCGCAAGCUCGACCUAGAAAAGACGCUCCCAGAAAGGCCGUGGCACACACACUUGAAAGACGACCAUCAGCCCCUCCAGGCGGGAGAAGUUGUUCAGCUGGAUGUCGAGAUAUUCCCUGCAGCUGCGAGGAUCAAGAAAGGUUGGAAGCUUCGUCUGGACGUGACGCCUUCGGAAUCGCAACCGGAUAUUCCUUCUUAUCUUCCUCCGGAUAUGAGGAAUUUCUUUGGCGAGGAGAACGAGGGCACUGAUUCGAUUCACAUUGGUGGUGGGAGGAGCAACUUCAUCUAUUGCCCUGUGGUUCCAGUCAAGCAGGGGUAUCCAAACCUCGUGAUGUGA